AUGGUGGAGUACGACUUGAUGACUCGAAUCGCGCACUUUCUGGAUCGGCAUCUGGUCUUCCCGCUCCUUGAGUUUCUCUCGGUGAAAGAGAUAUAUAAUGAAAAAGAAUUAUUACAAGGGAAAUUGGAUCUUCUAAGUGAUACCAACAUGGUAGACUUUGCUAUGGAUGUCUACAAAAACCUUUGUUCUUAUGAUAUCCCGCAUGCUUUGAGAGAAAAAAGAACCACAGUUGUUGCACAGCUGAAACAGCUCCAGGCAGAAACAGAACCAAUUGUGAAGAUGUUUGAAGAUCCAGAAACUACAAGGCAGAUGCAGUCAACCAGGGAUGGUCAGAUGUUAUUUGACUACUUAGCAGACAAGCAUGGGUUUAGGCAGGAGUAUUUAGAUACACUCUAUAGAUACGCAAAAUUCCAAUAUGAGUGUGGGAAUUACUCAGGAGCUGCAGAAUACCUUUACUUCUUUAGAGUUUUGGUUCCGGCAACAGAUAGAAAUGCAUUAAGUUCAGUGUGGGAAAAACUGACCUCUGAAAUCUUAAUGCAGAAUUGGGAUGCAGCCAUGGAAGACCUUACUCUGUUAAAAGAGACCAUAGACAAUAAUUCUGUGAGUUCUCCACUCCAGUCUCUUCAGCAGCGGACAUGGCUCAUUCAUUGGUCUCUGUUUGUUUUUUUUUUCAACCAUCCAAAAGGCCGUGAUAAUAUUAUUGAUCUCUUCCUUUACCAACCACAGUACCUUAAUGCAAUCCAGACAAUGUGUCCACAUAUUCUCCGCUAUUUGACCACUGCCGUCAUAACACACAAAGAUGUGCGGAAACGCCGGCAGGUGCUGAAAGAUCUAGUGAAAGUCAUUCAACAGGAGUCUUACACAUACAAAGACCCAAUUACAGAAUUUGUUGAAUGCUUAUAUGUUAACUUUGAUUUUGAUGGGGCUCAGAAAAAGCUGAGGGAAUGUGAAUCAGUGCUUGUGAAUGACUUCUUCUUGGUGGCUUGUCUUGAGGACUUCAUUGAAAAUGCCCGUCUCUUCAUAUUUGAAACUUUCUGUCGUAUCCACCAGUGUAUCAGCAUUAAUAUGUUAGCAGAUAAACUGAAUAUGACUCCAGAAGAAGCUGAAAGAUGGAUUGUGAAUUUGAUUAGAAAUGCAAGGUUGGAUGCCAAGAUUGAUUCUAAACUAGGUCACGUGGUAAUGGGUAACAAGGCAGUCUUACCCUAUCAGCAAGUGAUUGAAAAGACUAAAAGUCUUUCUUUUAGAAGCCAAAUGUUGGCCAUGAAUAUUGAAAAGAAACUUAAUCAGAACAGUAGAUCAGAGGCUCCCAACUGGGCAACCCAAGAUUCUGGCUUCUAUUAAAGAAUUAUAAAGAAAAGAAGAAAAA